CAUGCUUUUUGCUUGCAAGAGAGUUAUUGUUGUGUGCGCCUUUAAGCUAUUUCCAAUUUACAACAGGGUUUUCUUCACAGAAUUUGUUCAGAAGGGAUUUGCUUUUGCCUUCCUCUGAGGCUGAGAGUGUGUGACUUGCCCAAGGUCACUCAGUGGAUUUACAUUGGUUGAAUGGGGGAGUCAAACCUUGGACCAGACUCAUAGUUCAAUGCUUAAAACGCUAUACCAUGCUGUCUGUCUGCAAGGGAGUUAAAAGGUCUGAUCCGACGAUACACCUGACACGACGUAGCACCUUUGGCUUCUACAAGAUGAGAAAUGGCCCGAACAAAUAGCAAAAGGAAGUCCUCCGCCUGAACUGAACAGACUUAGCACUGUGGACAUCCAGCUAGGUCCUGGCUGACAACUUAGGAUGGCCCACUCGGGCAUCUGGAACAGCCUGAAGUCCAUGCUGAGAAAGAAUGAUGACCCCUUGUUCUUGAACGAUUGCAGUGCCUUUGACUUUUCAGACGAAGUGAGUGAGGAGGACUUCCCCAGGUUCAACAAGUUGCGAGUUGUGGUUUCCGAGGAUGUGGCCGAGGCUUCCACCAAUGGGACUCGUGUGGGACCCUUUUCCGAUGACGAAUCCUUGCUGGACAGGGAUGUGGCUCUGCAGAGCACCCAGACUGGCCCUGGGACAGACCCUUGUAACAGCUGCAGCAAACAAAGGGAACUGGUGAAGCAGAAAAAAGUGAAGAGACGACUGGUUCUAGCAGCCGUUCUCUAUCUACUCUUUAUGACAGGGGAACUUAUAGGUGGAUAUCUUGCAAAUAGUCUAGCAAUCAUGACUGAUGCACUCCAUAUGUUAACUGACCUCAGCGGAAUUAUUUUGACACUGCUUGCUUUGUGGUUGUCUGCAAAAUCGCCAACCAAAAAAUUCACUUUUGGGUUCCAUCGCUUAGAGGUUUUGUCUGCCAUGGUCAGCGUAUUACUGAUUUAUAUCCUUAUGGUUUUCCUCUUGUAUGAAGCUGUUCAAAGAACCAUCCAUAUGGACUACGAAAUCAAUGGGGAUGUAAUGCUUAUUACAGCAGCUGUCGGUGUGGCUGUAAACCUCAUAAUGGGCUUUCUGCUGAACCAGUCAGGUCACCUUCACUCUCAUUCGCAUGCCCCACCUUCUGUUCCUCCACCGAACCCUUCUGCUACAGCUUCUGGGCAUGGGCAUGGCCACAGCAGCCUGGCGGUGAGAGCUGCUUUUGUACAUGCCCUGGGAGACUUGGUGCAAAGUAUUGGUGUGCUUGUAGCUGCAUACAUCAUUCGUUUCAAGCCAGAAUACAAGAUUGCAGAUCCUAUAUGCACAUAUGUAUUCUCCAUUCUCGUGGUUUUCACAACAUUUCGGAUCAUCCGGGAUACUGGAGUAAUUGUGCUUGAAGGUGUUCCGAGGCAUUUGAAUGUUGAUCUCAUUAAGGAAGAGCUAAUGAAAAUUGAAGAUGUGUUUUCAGUGGAAAACCUGAACAUUUGGGCAUUAACUGCAGGAAAAACUAUUGUCAUAGUCCACUUGCAAUUAGUUUCUGGUAGUUCAUCCAAAUGGGAAGAAGUCCAGUGCAAGGCCAGACGGUUGUUGCUAAACACAUUUGGAGUCUAUCAGUGCUCCAUCCAGCUUCAGAGUUACCAGCGAGAAGAAAGUAAACCCUGCAUAAACUGUCAAGGUUCCAGUGCCUAAUUUUCCACACUUUUGGUGGGGGGGGGGGACUUGCUGCCUUAUUAUUUUUAAUCUUGCAGCCAAAAGACCACAAAGCAAUAAAAACAAGAUUUACAAAUAAAACAGAAUACUUUAGGUCUCGAGUUGCAUUAGCAGUCAUUUCGUUGGAUUUGGAUUUGGAAAUAGCAAAAGCACUGGGUCAGAAGGAUUACCCUUUUCGUGAAGCCGAGUUAUCUUUUUCUAUCAAGUGUUUGUUUUUGCUAGGGUUUUGUUGCCAGUGUAUCGCCAAUAAGUUGUUUACGGAUCGCAUUAUGGCCGGGCAGAUACCUCGUAGAGUACACUUCCAUGUUGCCAUUUGUUAACUUUAACUACUUUUCCUAUGCUCUGAAAGGGGCCUCAGGAAUUAACUACUUGAGUUUUGAAAAGACUUGACAAGGUUGAUCAUGUCCAUAAUCACUAACAUUAAUGAUCUGGUUAUACAGUAUUUUUACCCCCCUCACAACAGCCAGGUUUUUAAUAUCUUGCCUAAAAACAAGCUGCUGCAGGGAUAACAGAACCUUUUUGUAAGAAGUCUCUUCACCCAAACUUGAGCACAUAUUUGAAAAUAUAGCUUUUACAGUAGUCAGUCAUGGAAAUGUAGUUUUAACCUACACUCCAAGCUACCAGUACGUUAAAUGAAGAAGUUGGGGCUGGACCCACUGUGUUGGAAAGGACUGACUUUCGUCUUUCAUAUCUUUUCAGCACAGGACUUAUACUGUAGAAAAAGGCAUAUUAACUUUCUUCAAAUGUAUAUGGUUGACGCUGAGAUAUUUCUUUCUGAUCAUCUUGAAUUGCUAAUGUUUUAACUUGCUUCAAGAAGCCCCUUGGUUAGCAUGAAUCUUGCAUCUAAUAAAGAAAUACAUUGUCACAGCCUCCUUGUGAUUGAUUUGCCUCAGUGAAAGAGAAAGGGCCUUAUAGAAUUGACAUUUAAAUGCAAAGAACAAAUCAGUAGACUCUAAUGUAGAUAGUCAAGAAAUAAGAAUAAAGAAUUUAGCUACAAUGCAUUCCCCAAGCUUUAGAACUGUGAGAAUCUAGCUUCCAUUUCACUUUUGCAUUUCCUUCCAGUAAAUACAUGGCUUCUGCAUGAUGAUGUCCUAAAAUGUGCCAGUGAAACGUUAGUGAUUUGGUGAACUGUACCGCCUUCCAGUCAAGGAGGGGAGCUCUUUUUGGCUCUCCUAGCAAUCUAAAAGUAACCAUCCUUUCUGACCUGUGCUGAAUUGCAGGCUUUAAUAACUGCUUUCCAGGUGCCAAAUUAUUUGGAUGUUCUUAAUUGUUAAGCUUGGAGAAGGGGAAACUAGAGUGAAGCCACUGAAAGAGAUAUAUUGCUUUCACAUCAUUGGUAGUCUAAAAUCAGAACGAAUGUAGAUUAUUGCUGCCAUUAAUGGCCACAAUCCCAUUGGUAAUUUCCAGCUAGAGGAGAUCCAUUGAAUCAGUUGUUGAAUAGUGAAUCAACACAUAGGUAAAUCCAAUUGAUUCAGUGGAUCUGACUGUAGUAAAAACAGAAUAUGGACCAUUAAUAAUAAUAAAAAAUGCUAAGGCUUGGCUUCAUUUUCUUUGCAUCUACAUUGUUUUGAUUCAUCCAAAGAGUGCACAUCAACAUGAGUAGCAUUUAGUUGUAAGAAAGAGUAUAGUUUCUAACUAAGUUCUAUAGCUUUGCAGAGGAAAUCCACUUUUAGUCCCAAAUAAUGUAGACCCAUUGAAAGCAAUAGAACCUAGGUUAGUAUUGAAUAAUGUGCCAUUUUUCCCCAGCAGAUAUACUCUAAAAUUACAUUUAACCCUUAGUCUUUAGUUAUGAAAUCUGAGACAAUCAAUUUUAAUGUAGUUAGUCAUAUUUUAUUUUCCUUUGAAUUUUUUGUAUUUGGCCCAAACAAGCUGCAAAACGCAGUUCUGUUUUAUCACAAUAAUAAAGAGAAACAGGUCUUGAUUUUACCAUUAUAUAUUUACUAACUAGAUAGUUAUUCAGAACAUAUAGUCAGAAAUCAGUAUCUAGUUCCUUCAAGAAUUGAUUAUUGCCAUCUUUUUAAGGACUGAUAUUUAAGGUGUGAUUUGAAAAAAAAAUUAAAUCAGUUCAUGAAAGCAACUGAAAAUUAUUACAACAUAGAUCUGACAUAUUAUUCAGAUGCUUCAAGUAAAGAUCAUAACAUUGCUUUUUACAAAAAUAUCCCUUGAUGAAGAGCAAACUCUCAUGAAAUAUGUUGAGAGUCAGUGCCAUGAUUAAACUGUUUAGAUGCCUCCCCACUGGAUUUCUGUAUCUCUUGUCAUUGGAAUUAGCUAACCCCUUCUAUUGCUACCACCAAGGAAAAAUUCAGUAUUAAUUUGAGCAAAGUGCACUACAGUAUAUAUUUUUUAAUUUUUAUUUUGUUGCUUCCAAAAGCAGAGUGGCAAUCCUACAAUACAGUGUGCUUGCAUUUCCAGCCCAGAGAUGAAGAGCUGGUAUCUUUGCAGAUCCCCGUCCCCUGUGCAUUACGAUGUAACACAAAGCCAUAUUGCAGUUUGUGGGGAAAAAAAUGUGUUUUCCUUCAAUAUGACCUUUCUGGGAGUCAGGUACUGUUGCACAUGAUUGGUAUUCAUAACAGAUAUUUCAUUAAGUGAGGGUUUACAGUACAUAGGGUUAGAAAUUGGGAUUUUGGUAGCUCUGUACUGUACUUGGGCAUUUUAAAAAUUGUAACGCUAUCCUAUAUAUUUGUUUAAUGAAACAAAUGUGUUGCUUUCCUGUGGAUUUAUUAAAUCAGUUAAUAAAC